AUGCCAGACGGCGGCGGCGGAGGCGGCUUAAAGCCGCGCUGCCGCUGCCGCUGCCGCUGCCGCCCCCAGCAGCGACUGGCCAGCCCCGCCCCCGGCAGGUCCCGACGCGAGGGCCACGCCCUGCAGCGACCUGGGGUCAACGUGACGCAGGUGGCUGUGCGCGCUCUAGCGGCAGUCGGGAAGCGAACAGUGCGGCGGACCCAGAGGAGUCUGGACGGCUGCCAGGGCAGCGUGCCGGUCCCAGGCGGGGCUUGCGUAACGAGCCGGCGCAGCCUGGUACAGCCGCAGCCGCAGCCGGAGACGGGGGGCAGGGAGACGGGGGGCAGGGAGACGGGGGGCAGGGAGACGGGGGGCAGGGAGACGGGGGGCAGGGAGACGGGGGGCAGGGAGACGGGGGGCAGGGAGACGGGGGGCAGGGAGACGGGGGGCAGGGAGACGGGGGGCAGGGAGACGGGGGGCAGGGAGACGGGGGGCAGGGAGACGGGGGGCAGGGAGACGGGGGGCAGGGAGACGGGGGGCAGGGAGACGGGGGGCAGGGAGACGGGGGGCAGGGAGACGGGGGGCAGGGAGACGGGGGGCAGGGAGACGGGGGGCAGGGAGACGGGGGGCAGGGAGACGGGGGGCAGGGAGACGGGGGGCAGGGAGACGGGGGGCAGGGAGACGGGGGGCAGGGAGACGGGGGGCAGGGAGACGGGGGGCAGGGAGACGGGGGGCAGGGAGACGGGGGGCAGGGAGACGGGGGGCAGGGAGACGGGGGGCAGGGAGACGGGGGGCAGGGAGACGGGGGGCAGGGAGACGGGGGGCAGGGAGACGGGGGGCAGGGAGACGGGGGGCAGGGAGACGGGGGGCAGGGAGACGGGGGGCAGGGAGACGGGGGGCAGGGAGACGGGGGGCAGGGAGACGGGGGGCAGGGAGACGGGGGGCAGGGAGACGGGGGGCAGGGAGACGGGGGGCAGGGAGACGGGGGGCAGGGAGACGGGGGGCAGGGAGACGGGGGGCAGGGAGACGGGGGGCAGGGAGACGGGGGGCAGGGAGACGGGGGGCAGGGAGACGGGGGGCAGGGAGACGGGGGGCAGGGAGACGGGGGGCAGGGAGACGGGGGGCAGGGAGACGGGGGGCAGGGAGACGGGGGGCAGGGAGACGGGGGGCAGGGAGACGGGGGGCAGGGAGACGGGGGGCAGGGAGACGGGGGGCAGGGAGACGGGGGGCAGGGAGACGGGGGGCAGGGAGACGGGGGGCAGGGAGACGGGGGGCAGGGAGACGGGGGGCAGGGAGACGGGGGGCAGGGAGACGGGGGGCAGGGAGACGGGGGGCAGGGAGACGGGGGGCAGGGAGACGGGGGGCAGGGAGACGGGGGGCAGGGAGACGGGGGGCAGGGAGACGGGGGGCAGGGAGACGGGGGGCAGGGAGACGGGGGGCAGGGAGACGGGGGGCAGGGAGACGGGGGGCAGGGAGACGGGGGGCAGGGAGACGGGGGGCAGGGAGACGGGGGGCAGGGAGACGGGGGGCAGGGAGACGGGGGGCAGGGAGACGGGGGGCAGGGAGACGGGGGGCAGGGAGACGGGGGGCAGGGAGACGGGGGGCAGGGAGACGGGGGGCAGGGAGACGGGGGGCAGGGAGACGGGGGGCAGGGAGACGGGGGGCAGGGAGACGGGGGGCAGGGAGACGGGGGGCAGGGAGACGGGGGGCAGGGAGACGGGGGGCAGGGAGACGGGGGGCAGGGAGACGGGGGGCAGGGAGACGGGGGGCAGGGAGACGGGGGGCAGGGAGACGGGGGGCAGGGAGACGGGGGGCAGGGAGACGGGGGGCAGGGAGACGGGGGGCAGGGAGACGGGGGGCAGGGAGACGGGGGGCAGGGAGACGGGGGGCAGGGAGACGGGGGGCAGGGAGACGGGGGGCAGGGAGACGGGGGGCAGGGAGACGGGGGGCAGGGAGACGGGGGGCAGGGAGACGGGGGUACGGCCCUGGAGAAGGGCUGACAAGGGUCCAGAGCGCGCAGCCGCCAGGCCAGAUUUCCGCGGCCCCUUGGGCAGCGCAAGCAGAUCACAGGGCCGGCUGCUGCGGCAGAGGCAGACACGUGCUGGGAAACCUGACCCGCGCAGCUCGGCGCACUUCUGGGGAUUCCGGCGACCGCCUAAUUAUUCACGUGGCGUCACAGCGCUUUGA